AUGAGCCUUUGUCACUUGUCUCGUGCGCCAUCUGACUCUCUACCACUUUCCUUGCUGCCGGCAAGUGAGCAAACUACAGCCGAGACUCUCAGAUACUAUGUUCUGCGCCCAAUCAAUCGCGGCACGAGGCCUUUGCCAGAUAUUAACCCUACCAACCCCAAGGUUGUUGACUUGGCAUAUUCCAACCCUCUCGCCCUGCAGCUCAUCAUCGCCGAGAGGGCCAAUCACCGCGAGGUAUCCUCUGCUAGGCUGCCGACGGGUCAGAUAGCUGAAGAGUUCUAUCGUGCUGCCAUUGGCGCGUUUGCUCCCAAGAUUCAAAGCUACCUCAAUGGAAACGAAGAAUCUAUGUUGUCUCUGACAAUGGGAAGUCUCAUCCUGGCUCUCAUGGAAAAAGCUCGGUUGGACAGGCGUGGUCGAGCUCCCAAUUAUCCUGCAGCCGCCGGCCGCAUUCUCAUCAUGCUUACCACUCUUCCCCACGAGGAAGUUUGCAACAAUCUUCCAGAUAUCUUGGUUGAGUAUUACAUGCACACUGCCAUGUUUGCUUGCCUCGCAGCCGAUAUUACCACGGCAGAGACGAUCCCGUUCGUGAGCAGUGCAUUUCAAGAUGCCGUCGACAGACUGGCGGCCAGGAACUACAACGGUACGCUCUGCGGAACCUGGUUGCCGAUCAUGGUUUCCAUACAUAACAUCUUUACGCUGGGCAUGUCCAUGCGACCUUAUGUAAAUGGCCCGUUGAAUAUCCCAAGACCAGGCCCGUCAGUAGGCUAUCUGGCUGAUCACUUUGUCACCUUUGGCCGGAUUCAAGAGAAGCUCUUCAAUUUCGCACCUGCCCUGGACGAAUUCAGCCCCGAUUUCGAGGCGGCCGUGGUGUGGAGAAAUGCGGCCAUGCUGUACCUCUGGAGCCUCUUGGAAUGGCCACACGCUCCGAAACCCACCGGGCCUUAUAGUGAAAUGAUUCACAACGCUUUUCACGACGCAAUUCGGCGGCUGCGGCAGAUAGACAGGGAGCACGAGGUGAACAAGACCAUUUGCUGGCCCCUAAUCGUCGUUGGGUGCUUCGCAAUGGAAAAGAAUCAUCAGGAAUACAUUGGAAGCCGUCUCCUCGACAUCUCGGCCCGCUUCAAGGUUGGCAACGCGCUCGAGACUUAUUUCAUACUGAAAUAUGUCUGGACGCAGCCCGCUGUGUGGCGUAGCCCCUGGCUAUUGCGCAUAGCGAUUCGAGAAACGAAGAGCUGGGGAAAUCUUGAGCCUAACACUUUCCUUUAA